ACAGCUGACUCAGAAAAGAGAAUAUCAACUUAACACAAAGAGCACAGGGGUCUGUUGCCUGCUGAUGCUGACUACAACCUCUUGGAUGUAGCAAGAAGACUAGAGAUGUAUGGUAUGAUACUUUAUCCUGCCAAGGACAAAGAUGAUGUUGAACUUUUCCUAGCAGCAGCUCAUAUGGGAGUCUGUGUAUUUCAGAAUGGGGCGAAAAUCAAUACAUUUUCCUGGGCAAAAAUAAGAAAGCUUAGUUUUAAGAGAAGAAGAUUUCUUUUGAAGCUCCAUCCAGAAAUCUUUGGCCAUUACAAGGAUGUUGUAGAAUUUCUAAUGGCAAGCAGGAAUGCAUGUAAAAGUUUUUGGAAAAUUGCAAUAACCACACAUGCUUUCUUCAGACAAAAUGUAAAUACUCCAGUUCCCAAGUCUCGUCCAAGAAUCCUCAGCAGAGGCUCAUCAUACAGAUACAGUGGAAGAACACAGAAACAAGUCAUUGAAGGAUGUCGAACAACUUUCAGACAACAACCUCUGUUCCAAAGAUCACAAAGCAUGAAAACACCCACAAGACACAAUUCUAUGGGAAACUCAUCACAGCCAUCACCUAUGUUUUUUUCUGGGCUAAGUGAGAACACACCACCAAAGCCACUUAUACCUCUCCAGGAAAAACGGCCGUUAUCCUCAAAUGGACCAACAACAAGUAUUGUGCACAGAGAGAGCCCAAAGGAAACUCCACCUGUGGAGGACUUGGUCACUGAGCCAUUACCUGAAAGGAAGGGUUCCAUUCCACUCCAAGAUCUUGAUGAAGAACCGGACAUGAUGAGGGAGGAGUCGGAUACACCGUCAGAAGCUCAAUCAGAGGCAGACCUAGAGUGGCAAGCUGAACCGCUUGAAGUAGCUACUGUGAGCAUCAAUGAGGCUGUUGUAAAUGUGCAGGAAUCUGGACAAACAGCAGAUGAUAAAGCCAGAGAGGCUGUGGAGAAUGUUGAUGAGGAAUUAGAACAUGGUACACCUCUGAAUUGUUACAGUGGAGGUGAUGAUCACAAUGUUGAAGAGAAGGUUUUGAUUCCAGAAGGAUGUGUGCGCAUCGAGUAUCAACCACAACCCAAACCACCAUCACCUGUGGAGGUGAGUGAUGUUGACACAAUGUCACCUCCACCACCCUCUCCUCCCCCACCACCAGAAGAUGAUGAAGAUGAUGAGAUUCCAGGAGAGAUCAGAGAUGAAGGUGUCGGUCAGGAAUUUCCAUCGCCGCCACCAGAACUAUUACCCUCACCACCACCCGAGUUGUUAAAUGACUUUGAAAACUCAGAGGAAGUUGAGCGUCCAAUACCUGUUGUUCCAUAUAAUGGUUUCCAAGAGGAAAAUCAAAAACUAGAUCAUAAGGAUGAAGAAAACAGGGAAGCAAAGAGAGAUUCAGCAAAACUAAACAUCACAUGCAGCAGCAUAGUGACUAAAGUACAGAAUGGUGGAGUAACAAGACAUGGAAAAGGUAGCAGAGGGUCUCGUCACAGCACAGACAGCGGGGCAACAUCAGACUCUGGUGAAGCAAGGGAUACGAUGUUUGACGAACUGUCGUCUCCGUUCCGAAGUGACAUGGAAACAUCUCCCCCAGUGUCCCCCACCACACCGAUUUCAUUCCCAAAGGGUGCUUACAUCUCCAAGGAACUGUACAGUGCGGCUUACAAUGUCGCUAGAGAGCUGUUGAACACGGAAAGGACAUUUGUAAAGGACCUGGAAGUUAUUACCAUUGCCUUUCGAGAUGUUGUUAAUGAAGACGGAGUCCUUCCUGAGCCGACAAGAAAGCUUCUGUUUUCUACAUUUGAUCCAAUUUAUGAUUUCCACUGCUCAUUCCUAUCCGAGCUCGAACAGCGAAUGAACCUGUGGAAUAAAAGUGGAGCGUCCAAGGCGAACGAGAGUCCAAGAAUGGGAGACUUGCUGCUACGUAACAUGAAGCAGAUAAAGCGAUACCUACACCACGUGAAGAGACAUGACCAAGUGAUGCUUGAAUUAGAAGAUGCAACAAACAACUAUAAAGAUUUUGAAGUCGCCUACAAAGAGUUCGAGACUCAAAAAGUUUGUUACCUACCAUUCAAUGCUUUCAUCUUGAAGCCAUCACAAAGAAUAGUUCAUUACAAAUCUCUUCUAGAGAGACUUUUAAAGUUUUAUCCCGCCGAACACAUCGACCACCAAGACACUCGUAGUGCCUUGGAGGAAGUAAACGAGGCAGUUAAAGCUGUAGAGGAAAGCAUAAGGAAACUGGAAAACUUCCAGAAAAUCAUCGAGCUUGAAAGAGAUUUGCUUGGAGUUGAAAAUCUUGUGCAACCUGGAAGGGAAUUCAUCAGAGAAGGCUGUCUUCAGAAAAUUGAUAGGAAAGGUCCACAACCAAGGAUGUUUUUCUUGUUUUCCGAUAUUCUCCUCUACACGUGCAAAGGCGUCACGUUAACAAACCAGUUUAGAGUGCGAGGCCAAAUCCCUCUGGAUACCAUACGGCUUGAAAACAGUGGUCCUGAGAUGCAUGGAUUGUAUUCAUUUACUAUUAUCUCGGAGGCGAGAGAAAUACACUUAGCGGCUGGGUCAGAAGAAGAGAAAUACAAGUGGAUGGAGGAUCUGAAGAGAGCGGUAAAAAGAGCUAGAGAUCGGGUUUUCUGCGGAGGUUGCUCUCAGAAGAGAUCUAACUUUGCUUACCGAACCCCCAAAAUGAGAUCAACGCGAUUCUUAUGCGAAGAAUGCUACAGUGAUUUAGCGCAAGAAGAAUUACACAAUGGAGACUCUCCCUACCCCCAGAUGGAACCAAGUGGGGAAGUCCUGCCCCUACCCACCCCCUUAGAAAUCACAGGAAGAGUAGAUGGUGAUGGAUCUGAUGACGAGAUCAAUUCCAGUCCAGUGUCUAGCUUGGAAAGAAGACAUGCGCACACUCAGACCAUGUCCACACGUAGAGUCUGUUGGCAUAGAAACACUAGCAUCAGUAUGACUGAACAUUCGCUCUCUGUGCGAAAUCAGAUGAGCGGAGAAUUACUAAGGAAAUUCAAGACUGGAAAUAGAUGGCAGAAACUGUGGGUCGUGUUCACGAAUUUUUGUCUUUUCUUCUACAAAACACACGAGGACGAGUUUCCGUUGGCAAGCUUACCGCUGAUUGGUUACUUGGUUGCGAGACCAGUUGAGGCCGAUGGUAUCGACAAGGACCUCGUUUUCAAGCUGCAGUACAAGACGCAUGUGUACUUUUUCAGAGCCGAAAAUGAAUACACCUUCUACAGAUGGAUGGAGGUGAUAGCCAGUGCAACCCAAAGCUCAUCCAGAGUUCGUCUCUUCAGUCGGCAGAUCAGUUCUGUUCCAUGAGCAAGUCUUGAUUUGGAACAAGCUGUUUCUUUGCCGCAUGGUUCGCCCGAGGUAUUUUCUAAUCGUUUUAUUACAUGCGUGCGCUGCUUCUUAAAUGGGUGCACUGACGCUUGUCUCGGAGAAAAAUGAGGUAUUACUCCUGAACAAUCUCUGAAGCUUUUUUAAAAUGGUGACUAGGAUCGUAGCCAAACAAGGCUUUUUAGUGAAGGGGUGCGUUUGCCACAAGCUGUGAAUAUGACCCUAUUUGACCGUGGAGUCUGCUGUCAGGAUCAAGCGCAAGUCUUGUCUCAACCGAGGCUGGAAAGUUCCACGCCAACACGUCGGUAAUUCACAGGCAUGGAAAGGAAGUAUUGGUUGACUCUGAAUUUUUUCCCAGUCGCGCAUUCAAGUUGACCUAAAAUGGGUUGUUAGUACUCUUAAAAAUCAUCUUAUCGUCUAUUUCAAUGUGGAAUAGGCUUUGCAGUAUACAGUAAUCUUUCCUUUUGCAGCUUUUAUUUUUGGUCACCCCGUAAUUGUACCACAGUGUAUUGUUGCCAAAUGACUCAAGUAAUUGCUGUUAGUGAGACUUGGGUAAUGGUAUGAGACCACGUAUCAAAUCAUUAUACACACCAGUUCGCUCUGUGUUACUUCAACGCCAUUUUUAAGCGUUCUUCAAGAAACUUAAUACAAAAAAAAUGUAGAUUUUUUAUUCUUGUCGGCUUAUCACUAUUAUGUUAUUUGGUCUCUCACCAUUACUCCAUUAACCCUGAAAGUCCACGUCUUUUUUCAUAAUUCUUUAUUUUAGACUCAGCUUGUUUCCUUAUAAAUUAAUUGAGCGAAUUGAGUUCUAUCAAGAUAAAUCCGUUAUAUGGGGAUUUCUAUUCUCCUCAUCUGCUCUCAGCAUUUUGUACUGCAACUAUGAGAAGUUUCAUAUUAAUCACUGAUCGGGGUAAAGAAAAAACAAUUAAAAAAUGCGGGUGCAGAGGAAACAGCUUAUAUAACAAUAUUAAUUUCAAAAUGUUAACAAUUUGGUUUUCGUUCUUGUGCGAGAAAGCUAAUGAAUAGUCCUUUUCACAGUUGUGGGCUUGGUGGCCAAGCCUUUGAACAGGAGUGAGGCUAAGGGUGACCCUGUUGUGAUAGAGACC